AUGCGCUUCAGCGUCUUUGUUGCUUCCACCAUUGCCCUCGGCAUGAGCGCUGUCUCUGCGGCAGCCGUGCCAGUCGAGACGUCUCCAAUUACUCGUUACGCGCAACUCCGAAUCUUCGGCAAGCCCAGCUGCUCGGAGCAGAACAUGGGUGAAAUUGGUGUCUACAACACCGAGAUCAACAAAUGCAAUGUCCUUGCUGAUCCCAAUGACUUUAUCCGAUCUGUGAAAUAUGAAAUGGCCACGCCGGGCUGCAAGCUCAACGUCUACAGCGAUCUGAAAUGCCACUUGGACAAGCACGAGGAUUUCCCUGUGGGUCAGUGCCUGAGUGGAGGCAAGCAGUACCGGAGCUAUGAGCUGGUGUGUAAAUAG